AUGAGAAAGGGCGACGACGACGACGAGCCAGACACAGCACAAGAAACGGCGAGGACAAGGACUAGGGCGACAACGACGACAAUGAUGAGGGGGCGGAAGACGACAAAGGGCAUGAAGACGAUGGCCAGCACGAUAAAGGGCGAGGACGACGACGAGCCAGACACAGCACGAGAAACGGCGAGGACAACAACUAGGGCGACAAUGACGACAAUGACGAGGGGGCGGAAGACGACGAAGGGCAUGAAGACGAUGGCAUGGCGACAGCCAGGAACGCCAAGUACGAAGCCAAGAAACAUCGCCAGAUACAGAAACCACGAGCAUGACGAUGAGCAUGCCGACAACGACGAGAGGGUGGAAGAUGACAACGGGCAUGAACACAACAAAGGCAAGGACGAUGACGAGCACGCCGACAACGACGAGAGGGUGGAAGACGACAACGGGCAUGAACACAACAAAGGCCAUGAAGACGUCAAUGACGAGGGGACGAGGGGACGGCAACUAAUGGGAGAGGCAAUGACGAGGGGGGCAGGGGGCAGGGGACCAUGA